AUGAAGGAUAGAGGAGAUGUCAAAGUCAUAAAGGGAAGAUUGGAGAAAUAUCCAGGGCAUAGAGAUAUUCAAUUUCUUCUUUAUCUGUUGCUGAUUGUAAAAAGAGGUUUGGUUUUUGUUCGAAAUUUUGUACCCAGUGCUCCGGCUUUUCUGAUGAAUGGAGAGCCUAAGAACUUUCUCUUGAAAACCCUACAUCUUCAAGGGUGGGGGAAAAGAAUAGAUAGAUUCAAGCUAGGCGAAGGUGCAAUGCCAGCUAGCUUCAAAGUUCUUCACGAGCCUGUACGUAAAUCGGACACAAUUAUUGCAGAUUUUGGAGAGAGUGCCAUUGGAAGAGUUGCUCCGGUUGACUCUGGGUUUUGGUGGAUCAUUCUGCUCCGUUCACAUACAAGAUCUACUGGGGGUUUAUCUCUAGCUGAGACACCUGAGUGUCAAAAAGGGAUGAGGCUCAUACUUACUCUGUGUCUAUCGGAAGAAUUUGAUACAUUUCCAGCCCUACUUUGCGCUGAUGGGUGCUCUAUGAUUGAUCGAAGAAUGCUUAGUAACAGAAUGGAGCAGCAUGACCUUCAGAAAUCUAGGUCCUUGUUCAAUUCCUGA